AGGAGAAAACCAUCCAUCCAAUUGAGAAAAUAAAGCAACCCAAAAAGCUCCUUCUCUUAUAAACUACCAUCAUCUUCUUACCAUUUUCCACUUUCACAAUCAAACUCUCCUCUCCUCUCCCCUUCCCUUCUCUAUUUUUCUUUCUCUAUCUCUCUAAAAUUUAUCUUCAAGAAAUAAAAAAUAAUCCGACAAAGUACCGAUUGCCCAUCCCUUUUUUCUUUAGAAUCAUCAUCUGGACAAAACAUUGCCUUAAAAUAAGGAAAGAUAAUAUCUUGAUCAGAUAAACCCACCAUUUUCACACUCUUCUGAUAUGUAUAUACUCCAGCAAAAGUUUGAUGGGUUUUGAAGAAUCUUGUGCCUAUCUCACGUUUGGAAGUUAAAGGUUGCUGAUCAGCUUGUAAUUUGAGUUGUUGAAAUCUCUUUCUCUGCUCAGUUUGGGCACUGCAUAUGACAGUGGUGCCCAUGGAUGCCACGGCUAGUGGAACGUCGAGUGUUCAAUGCCAUAAUAUUGCUGAACAACCAAUUGCUGCUCUCGUCAUUCCUGAUCAACCAAUUGUGGCUCUUACUACUUCGCCCUUGCCUACAUUUGAGCGACAGCAACGGCAUUGCUAUGGCAACGUCAGUCCUGGAGAAUUCCCAUUGUCUGCAAAUCCCUCGAUUGUUCUUCAUGUCCUUACUGGAUGCAAUUUGGAUCCCCAAGAUCUUGCAAAGCUAGAGGCAAGUGUAUCUUUUUUAUUUGGAUUCCAAUGGUAAUUAUCUUUGUUGAAUUGAUGAUGCUGCUGAUUGUAUUGUGAAUUUUUGGGCUGGUUUUGCAGGCAACCUGUUCUUUCUUCAGGCAGCCUGCACAUUUUGCCCCUGAUUAUGAGCUCUCUAUGGCAGAGCUUGCAGCGCUUGAUAUGUGCCAAAAGAGAGCCAUAUUUAAGCCAAUGACAGAUGAAGAACGUCAAGACUUGAAGCAAAGAUGUGGGGGCUCCUGGAAACUGGUCCUCAGAUAUCUGCUUGCUGGUGAAGUCUGUUCCAGGAGGGAGAAGUCACAGGCCAUAGCAGGUCCUGGUCACAGCAUUGCUGUAACAUCAAAAGGAGUUGUCUACUCAUUUGGUUCUAAUAGCUCUGGACAGCUUGGACAGGGCACCACUGAGGAAGACUGGCGGCCUCGCCCAAUUAGAUCCUUGGAAGGAGUUCGAAUUAUUCAAGCAGCUGCUGGGGCUGGCCGGACAAUGUUGAUUAGUGAUGCUGGUCGGGUGUAUGCCUUUGGAAAGGAUUCCUUUGGAGAUGCUGAAUAUGGGGCUCAAGGAAGUAGACUUGUAACUACUCCGCAACUUGUGGAAUCAUUGAAAGACGUCUUUGUUGUGCAGGCUGCAAUUGGAAAUUUCUUCACAGCUGUGUUGUCUAGAGAAGGAAGAGUUUAUACUUUUUCUUGGGGGAAUGAAACAAAACUUGGUCACCAAACAGAGCCAAAUGACCUAGAACCUCGCCCAUUACUAGGGGCACUUGAGAACAUUCCUGUUGUGCAAAUUGCAGCUGGAUACUGCUACCUUCUUGCUUUGGCUUGCCAGCCUACUGGCAUGUCAGUAUACUCUGUUGGUUGUGGAUUGGGCGGAAAGCUUGGACACGGUACAAGAACUGAUGAAAAGUAUCCAAGGUUGAUUGAACAGUUUCAGAAUUUGAAUCUUCAACCAGUAGUCGUGGCAGCAGGAGCAUGGCAUGCUGCAGUUGUUGGGAAAGAUGGGAGAGUUUGCACGUGGGGUUGGGGACGUUAUGGUUGCUUAGGUCAUGGGAACGAAGAUUGUGAAUCGAUUCCUAAGGUGGUUGAAGCACUAAGCAAUGUCAAAGCGGUUAAUGUUGCUACAGGGGACUAUACAACUUUUGUAGUUUCUGAUGCGGGUGAUGUAUAUUCUUUUGGCUGUGGGGAAUCAUCUAGUUUGGGACAUAAUACUGGUGCUGUUGACGGACAGGUAAACAGGCACACUAAUGUUCUAAGCCCAGAAAUCGUGACGUCCCUGAAGCAGGUGAAUGAGAGGGUGGUACAGAUUAGCCUUACCAAUUCCAUAUAUUGGAACGCCCACACGUUUGCCCUCACAGACUCUGGUAAGCUGUAUGCAUUUGGAGCUGGUGAUAAAGGACAGCUUGGAAUCGAGCUGGUUUCCAACCAAACCGAAAGGGCAAAACCUGAGCGGGUCGAUAUUGAUCUUAGUUAAAAGCCCAUUUAAUUGCAUCUCCAUUGGAAGCAUCCGUGCUUCUAAAUCUGUUUUAUAUCGAUCGUCCCUUCUGUAAAUAGACAUCAAGACAAUUUGUGAAGAAGCUAGGAAGUAGUGACUGCAGGAUUAACCUCUCAAGAAGAUUUGCUUAGGUUCAUGCGCGCCUUAAGCGGUAAAUAGGUGAUAGAUGUGUUAAAUUUGAAUAUUAACUUAGAUUUGUUUAAUUUGAAGCCACAAGUGAUCUGUGUUCCCAAUGAAAUGUUAGAUCCCCAUAUUAAUAAGGGGUGUAAAUUUGCUGUUAGUGCUGGCUUAGGAGGUCUCGUUCUCGAGGCGCAAGAAAUUAGAGGUCUUAAUUUCAAAUUUUCUGCA